CCGGAGGAUGCUUUGGGAAGAAAUGGUGUCUGUCUUGGUCAGUAGGAUCAUUCCUGGUCUUCACAUCCAAGGAGGGCAAUGCGGGAACCAGAUUGCAUCAAAGUUCUGGGAAGUUGUUUGUGAUGAGCAUGGCAUUGACUCUACUGGCCAGUACGUGGGAAAUUCUGACCUUCAGCUUGAUAGGAUUAAUGUGUACUACAAUGAAGCUAGUGGUGGGAGGUACGUGCCACGGGCAGUGCUCAUGGACCUCGAGCCAGGCACCAUGGACAGCGUCAAGACAGGUCCGCAUGGACAGAUUUUCAGGCCUGAUAACUUUAUCUUCGGACAGUCUGGUGCUGGCAACAAUUGGGCUAAGGGGCAUUAUACUGAGGGUGCUGAGCUUAUUGACUCUGUUCUUGAUGUUGUUAGGAAGGAAGCUGAAAAUUGUGAAUGUUUACAAGGUUUUCAAGUAUGUCAUUCUCUUGGAGGUGGCACUGGAUCUGGAAUGGGAACUUUGCUUAUUUCAAAGAUAAGGGAAGAAUACCCUGACAGAAUGAUGCUUACUUUCUCUGUGUUCCCCUCUCCUAAGGUUUCCGACACGGUUGUAGAGCCCUACAAUGCCACCCUCUCUGUUCAUCAGUUGGUAGAGAAUGCUGAUGAGUGCAUGGUCCUUGACAAUGAAGCUCUUUACUGCAUAAACACAGUAUAUAUAUAUACACAAGGUUAA